AUGGCCACCGUCGGGUGAAGGAGAGGUAGAGGGGAGCGAGGGUAGAACCGUAGAGGUCCCGUUGGUAGUGGUGGAUGGGAAGCGGCGGCGGUGGCUGUGUGCUCUUUCUCUUUGGGUAGCGGGCGGCGGUGCAUGGCUCUCUCCCUCUUGGACUCCACCUCCAAGCUUCUUCAGCAGUUGGAUCUCCUUGAUCGGGAACCCGUCCUUAGGAACAUGGAAGGUUUAAUGGCGGAUGAGUUGAUGGAUGUUCCAGAUACUCCUGACAGGUUGGAUGGGUUAGGGAAGACUGGCUGUGGAAGUGCUAGUUCUGUUAUUGAAAAAGUGGAUGAUGUGCGACAUGCUUGUCGAAAGGAUAACAAGAAAUUUAAGGAGGAAGUUCGAGCAAGCGUUAAUCCUAAUGCAGAAAAGGCCAGUUGUUUUUCAUUGUCGAAAGAGAUACCUCGUAGACGGAGGAGUAAUUGGAGUUCAAAAACAAAUGAGGGACGCUGGCCUUCUGUCUCAUUGGGAGAGGGGCAGGGACCUUCCUAUUAUCAACAUAAGAAUGCUGUAAACAAUAUAGAAGAUAACAUUGAGGCAGAGACUCUUGUACAUCAUGCUUGCACUUCAGAGGAUUUUGACAACUUGGAUCGUACUUUUCCAAUACCUGAGUCAGCUUGUAGUGAUAAUCUGUUCAGCAGGAAUAGUGGACAUGCAAAGAUUACGAUGGGUAAUGACCCUGAAUUUUGUUCUCGAUUUCAAAGCAAAGGAUCCAGGACUUUUAAUAGAAGAGGGAGACUUUCUUUGCAAAAUAAAAAAAUUUUGGAAGUUGAUACAGGUCCUCUGUUACUGUCUCACGGACAAACUAAUCAACAGCCGGCAGUGCCAGGUACCUCUUCUAAUCCUGAUGCUUCUUGUUUUAGUAAACCUCAAAGCAUGGGAUCUGGAUCCUCUUUAUGGAGUGCUGGUCCUGUUAGUGGAUCCAACCAAUCAGGUAAUUCCUUCGAUUCUAAAGUACAACACCAAGCAGACAAUAUAUUGCCUUCUGACAGCAAGGUAGAAGGUUUUGGCAAAGGAGAUACGGAUGGAUUAUCCACUGCAGGUUUUUGCAGGAAGAAUCAAUCUUCUUUUAAAUAUCCUGCUAUAAGCAGAGGAAGGUCAGCACUUGGUAAAUGCAAUUUUAAUAAUUCACAAGAAGCAUCUUCUGAUACGAUUUCUGCAAAAUUUAAUCCUAAAGAAAAUGAGAUCAGUAGUGGUGCUUCUGCUGCUCAUGGGAAAUCCGAUAUAAUACAUGACUUUGGACCACUUGAUAAUUUGACGGGAAGAAUAAAGAUAGAUUUAGAAUCAGCCUCCUCUAUAAGGUCGACACGAGAUGCGGAGGCUAAAAAGUAUCAGCUCUCUGGUCGGAUGGGCAGUUGGAAUUAUAAACUAGACAAUAUUGCACCUAAAGGAACAAAGGAUGAGAAAAAUCAAGAUGGCAUUGCCAGACAUAUUGAUCAUCGGACCGCUGAUAUGGACAGGAAAAGUUCUAAAGAUGUUAAAAAAACUGAACUGCACGGUGAGUCUCUUCCUCAUCAUAAAGUUAUUGAAGUAAGUUCUUUGCAUUCUACCAUUGUGCCCAGACAGACACGUGGUCGGAGGCUGGUACGAAAUGGAUGCAUCUCUCCUCUCAACAUUGCACGCAUGAAUAGAGUUUCCAGUGAUGGAAACAAAAAUGUCAUAGAAAACAUGCAAAGUGUUUCUGAAGACAUGGAUAUUCAUGAAAACAAUGCUAUCAAACAGAGUUCUGAAUUGCAGAAGGUUGAAAAAAAGAAAGGGAAAGAAGUAAUGAUUGAUAGUAUCAUGGUCGAUGCGUCUCCUGCUUCUGAAAGGCAUUUAGACAGAAAGGAAAUAGCUCUUUCCCAAGAGCCUACAGAUAAUUUGCGGAUGUGUGGCAUUCAUGAUGGAUUGAUGGAGGAUUCAUGGGAUUGGGGAGGUGCAAAUUGCUCAUCACAUGAAGUAUUGCUUUCACCUUCUGGGAAAAAGGAUGAAGUUAUCUUGGGCUCAUCCAAUGAUGCCCAUGAAAAGGUGCUUCAUGGAAGGGAGAAUUUGAACACAGUAGUGCAUCUUGAUAAUAGCUCUAAUGACACUUGUACUUCGGGACUUUCCGAAAGCAGAAUUGCUUUGCCUCCAGUUCAGGCAACCUCAACCACAUUAUUUGACACACAGCCAAAUAACGAAAGAAAAAGUCGCGGAGGGCGAAUAGUAAUGAAAAGACAGCGCAGGUCUUCUUCAAUAGCUGAUAAUCAUUGGUAUGGUGAAGGUUCUAGUACCAGUUAUGUCGGCCCAGCAGUUGCACGAAUGCAAUCAAGUAGGCAGCCUUCACCUGUAUCUUCUACGAGAAGAUCUCGUACCCAUCAAGCCGGCAGCAUCCUUGGGAAUGUCAUAGAAAUUGAUGAUUCAUCUUCGCCAAGAAUAAAUAGUCAUAGCAGAGAAGUGAAUGCAAACUGUGCGGCUGAAGAUGAUGCUGGUGCUAAAGCAAGACAAGUAGAAGCAGAUGAGUUGUUGGCUCGGCAGCUCCAGGAGCAGUUCUAUCGAGAAGUGGUGGGAGCUGGCAACAAUGAGAUUGAUGCCAACAUUGCAUGGACUUUGCAAGAAGAAGAGAUUUCUCGAAAUGCACCAGCUACAUCCAGUAUCAAUGGGGAUCUGCCGUUUCAUCCAAGGAUAUCAACUGCCACAGAUUUUAAUAGGCCCUUCCUAUUGAGAUCUUCCGAGAAUUCCUCAGUUUGGGCAACAACUCGUCCAGUCACAAGUUCUUCAAGGUUGGCACAGUUGAGGAGAAGCAUUCAUUACCGUUCUUCUACCCCACAUUCUGGAAGAAGACUUCGGUUUCCCUCCAAUAUGUCUUUGGAAACGAGAAUUCAGUUACUGGAAGCAUUGGAUGGUAUAGUUGGUUCGGAUGGAAGUUUUGCAGCUGAUAGGUUCUUGACAACUGAGCGAGACUUUAAUGAAAAUGAUUACGAAAUGUUACUCGCUCUUGAUAAUGACAAUGAUCGGCACACUGGUGCUUCUGCCGAACAGAUCAACCGUUUGCCACUUUCACAAGUUCAGGUGGACAAUUCUGGAGAAGCAUGUGCUGUUUGUCUAGAAACUCCAUCUGUUGGAGAGCAGAUUCGCCAUCUGCCAUGCCUGCAUAAAUUUCACAAAGAAUGCAUUGAUCCAUGGCUCAGACGGCGUGCAUCCUGUCCAAUUUGCAAGUCAUCUAUCAGUGGAUGUUAAUAGUAUCUUUUGGAUAUCUUUUUGGCUAUUCGGGCUUUUUGGUGCAUUGCUCUGAGAUUAAUUCGUAACUAGUUCUUUGUAAUAAGGAACAAAUUGAGCCAUCUGGAGUUUGGUAUCACUGGCAUGUAUUCGCAUGGAUACAUAAAAUUUAUUGAUGUAUAUUUGAAAGAAAAUACGAUAGAAGAACGCCAACUUUUUGGCAAUUGCAACAA